AGUCCGGAGAUAUUGUGGAAGACAAUUGUCUAUAAUAUUUUGAUGCUACAGUUUUUAGAGACAGCUUUUACUACUCACUUUCUAUUUCUUUGUUUCUUUCUAUUUCUUUGUUACUAUUUUAAAAUAAAUCUAGAAACUUUAUAGUUCGAAAAUGUUCACAAGUAAAUGUCUUUUCUGUUUUAACCUGUUUUUAUAAUGUACAGAAAAAUCUUGUUGUAAGUUUCAGGAUAUUUUUAGAGAUGACGAUUUGAUUUACUUUUGUGUGCCACAGAUGAAGAUGAUGUAGUUGAUAAAAAAGGAUAUAAUGAUGUCUGCAUCAAGCCAGAAAAAGAAGAUGGCUGCUGGCCCUGGUGUUGGUCAUAGCAAAAUGCCCAAACUCCCACCAAUACCUAAACUUAUGACUACUAAAGAUAGAUUUGAUAACAGCCCAUUGUUGAAGUACAGAAGAACACAAGAGGUUAAGAAUAUUCUGGGCAGUAAAGUGAUGGAAAAAGCUAAAGAAACCAAAUACAAAACACAGGAUUCGUUACGGAGAAAUCCAAUGAAGAAGAUGGAGCCUGAAAUGCCAGCUUCUAUGAUGUCUAGAGACAGACGCAUCAAGAUGAAUUACCAAUAUUUAAAGAAGUGCGUCAGUAAUGCACCCAUCAGUCCCAUGUCUAUACAAUGGUGGGAUUCUAUCAUUGACCACAUACCUGACCAUUUAAUUCAACCUGCAUGGUUUGCACCUCACAUUCAAGAUUUACAUGAAGAAGUGCUGGCAGAUUAUGACAAAAGCAUCAGAAAGUCAAUGGUACAAUAUGCGCUGGUGAAACCAAAUGUGCGUGGUGUAGAAAACGAUGAAGAUUUACCAGCUGACCUUGUAGGGCUUGAUUUUUCCAGUCCAUGGAAAGCCUCCUAUGUUGCAGCCAGAGAUGAAAUUAAAAGAAAUCUUCAUCUUCUGCAUCCCUCUCACCAAACAAUUUUAAAAAUAUGCCAAAAUGAAACAUAUAGCAAUUUUUUAUUGGUGGACUUAUCAAAUAUGAGGUCAGAAGGGGUAAUAGAAUGUGAGCAUAUGCGUAAUGAUGUAACGAUAGCUUGCGAUAAGGCAUCAGAAAAACUUCUUCACAGUUGGUAUCCCGAGAUUGUGAACAUAUUUGUAAACAAAAGUGCAUUUCGUCAUUUAAAAGACGACCAAGUUGAUUCAUUUUACAACAGUGUUUCAAUGCUGAUCUCAAAUCAGCUAAAAGACAUGAUCAUUCGAACACUAAGGGAAUACAUGAAACUGUAUGAAGUAGAUAAUCAACACAUUCUACCGUUGUUUAAAAUGGAGUUGAUUUUGGAUGAUGAUGAUAAUAUUCAAUUUUAUCCUGCUCUGGAAGAUCUGGAAGAAGUUAUUUUAAAUGCAGCUGAAAUUAUUUUGAACACAUUACAAAAUGUACCCACUGUCCAGUCAUGGUUAAGUGGAGGAUCGACGACAGUGAAUGUGGAUGCAAAGGUAGAUGUAUCUAUUGUGGAUGAUGCGAUGAGCUUCCUUAAAGAACAAUCUGAAUAUUACCUGCACCCCGCUAAAGUAUAUAAAGAUGAGAUAGCUUUGCAGUUUCAGUCUCUUGUCACUGGUGAAUCAAAGAAUUUUGUUCAAGACUUUCUUGAUUCAGAACACUCGUUUGAAGAAUACACAGAGGAAAUCAAACGUUUUCGAGGGAUUGCGAAAGAUGUGUCAACUAAACACACUGUUCUACACUUUCCUAUUAUGCAGUUAAAUUGUGAUGACCUGAAGAGAGGAUUAGUCUCUAGAGCAAAUCACUUUGCAGAACAGUUAUUAGCACGAUUGGCAUAUGAUCACCGUGUUGAAAAUAAAAGGAUUGUUGAUGAAUUUGAAGCAAUCAAGGCGGGUGCAUUAGCAGUGCCUAGUGAUACCAAGGGUGUUAUGGAGCUGUUGUCUUUUGUCGAAACUGCUCAAAAUGAUACUUUAAUAAAGUUAAACAAAAGCAUCAGGGAAAAUGAACCACGCUUGGCUUACCUAUUGGAGAACUAUUCAUUACCUUACGAUGAUAUUCAAUUAAAUAGCUCCGUUUUGAAUUGGCCUCAUGAGAUCAAUCCAGUGUUUGAUCAAAGUGAUGAGAUUAUUGCAAAAUCUCAAAAAGAAGGAGAGCAUGCCUUAACAGAAAAGCGUGAAAAAGUCAUCUUAGAGUUAGAUAAACUCAAGCAGAGAGUGGUGGAGUUUCUUGAGUGUGGCGACAUGGAUAUGAUGGUACAAUAUUUAAAAGAUGUGCAAAGUGUGCAGAAAAAAGUUGCAGAACUUGUGGAGACUAUUGAUUUCAUCAAUGUGGAAGAGGAUCUUUUUAAAUGGGAGCAAACUACAUAUCCCGAUAUAGAAUUCAUUACUAUUUCCAUUGAGCCUUAUCAGAAGUUAUUUUCAACAGUCGUCAAAUGGCAAAGAUGCGAGAAAAAAUGGAUGGAUGGUGCUUUUCUCGAACUUGACGCAGAAGGAAUAGAAUCAGAGGUUGAUGAAUUUAGCCGCGAUGUUUACAAAAUGGUCAAAACAUUUACUAUGAUGGCCAGAAAAGAGAAAGACAAAAAAGAGAAAGAAGCUUCCAGGAGUACGACAACUAUUAGAACAAAAAAAGAAAAUCCAGAAGAGGAAAAUGAAGUUUUUGCGCCUUUAAAAGUUGCACAGUCAGUGCAACAACAAAUCAAAGAGUUUAAGACCAAUGUUCCCGUCAUUGGUAUUAUGUGUAAUAACGGUCUUCGCCAAAUACAUUGGGAUGCAAUGUCAGAAAUAAUUGGUGAGAAUAUAACGCCAGAUUCUGGAACAACACUUCGAAAAAUGUUACGACAUGAUUUGGAACCUUGUAUAACACAAUUUGAAGUGAUCAGCACUGGUGCAAGCAAGGAAUUUUCUUUGGAAAAGGCAAUGCAGCGCAUGAUGGAAGACUGGGAUGAAAUUGUAUUCAAUACAACACAAUAUCGUGAUAGCGGAGUGCAUAUUUUAGCUGCGGUUGAUGAAAUACAGGCUAUUCUUGAUGAUCAGAUUGUAAAAACACAAACCAUGAGAGGCUCGCCUUUUAUCAAACCAUUUGAAAAUGAAAUAAAAGCUUGGGAAGACAGACUUCUUCGCAUGCAAGAAACAUUAGAUGAGUGGUUAAAGGUUCAAGCACAAUGGCUGUAUCUGGAACCUAUAUUUAGUUCUGAAGAUAUUAUGCAACAAAUGCCUGAAGAGGGUCGCAAAUUUCAGGCAGUUGAUCGUAACUGGAAGGAUAUCAUGAAAUUUGUGCUCAAAGAUGCAAGGAUCUUAACAGCAACAUCGAUGCCAGGCUUGUAUGAAAAAUUAAUUGACAGUAAUAUCUUGUUGGAUCAAAUCAACAAAGGUUUGAAUGCCUACUUGGAAAAGAAGCGAUUGUUUUUUCCAAGGUUUUUCUUUUUGUCUAAUGAUGAAAUGUUAGAAAUAUUAUCUGAAACCAAAGACCCAUAUCGAGUACAACCACACAUGAAGAAAUGUUUUGAAGGAAUUGCAAAACUUCAGUUUACUCAGACAUUAGAUAUAACACAUCUGUUUAGCAGCGAGGGAGAACAGAUUGCUUUGAGUGAAAUUAUAUCAACAUCAUCUGCAAGAGGAGCUGUAGAGAAAUGGCUGCUACAAGUGCAAGAUACCAUGUUAGUCAGUAUUAAAGACAUCAUUGAAAAAGCUGUUGAGGCGUACAGUAUUACACCUCGUAAAGAAUGGGUAAAAGAAUGGCCAGGUCAGGUGGUGAUAUGUGUAAGUCAAAUAUUCUGGACACUUGAAGUUCACGAAGCAAUUAGAUCAGGCAUGCACGGCCUCACAGAUUAUUAUGAAAAAUGUUCAAAGCAGCUUGAAGAAAUAGUCGAACUUGUCAGGGGCAAACUUACAAAACAGAAUCGAACAACUCUUGGCGCAUUGGUUGUCAUUGAUGUGCAUGCUAGAGAUGUGGUUGAGUUUAUGGCUAACAAUGGAGUGCAAUCAGAGAAUGAUUUUCAGUGGUUGUCACAGUUACGCUACUAUUGGGAGGAAGCAAAUUGUUAUGUUAGAAUCACUAAUGCAACCGUCAAUUAUGCUUAUGAAUAUCUUGGUAACUCAGGACGCUUGGUGAUAACGCCAUUGACUGACCGUUGUUACCGUACAUUAGUAGGGGCUUUUCAUUUAAACUUAAAUGGUGCACCUGAAGGGCCUGCAGGUACAGGAAAAACAGAAACAACCAAGGAUUUGGCAAAAGCACUUGCUAUACUAUGCGUUGUUUUUAAUUGUUCUGAUGGAUUGGAUUACUUACAAAUGGGGAAGUUUUUCAAAGGUUUGGCAUCGUGUGGAGCAUGGGCAUGUUUCGAUGAAUUUAACCGUAUCGAAUUGGAAGUGUUAUCUGUGGUUGCCCAGCAGAUCUUGUGCAUUCAAAGGGCAGUUGCAUCGAAACUUACUGAGUUUACAUUCGAAGGAACAAAACUGAGUUUGAACCCGAACUGUUAUGUUUGUAUUACAAUGAACCCUGGUUAUGCUGGACGAUCAGAAUUGCCUGAUAACUUGAAGGUGUUGUUUCGAACAGUGGCAAUGAUGGUUCCUGAUUAUGCGUUGAUUGGUGAGAUCAUGCUAUAUUCAUAUGGUUUUGUAGACGCACGAAAUCUGGCUGUCAAAAUUGUCACUACUUAUAAAUUGUGUUCAGAACAGCUAUCCUCCCAAUUUCAUUACGACUAUGGUAUGAGAGCUGUAAAAGCUGUGUUGGCGGCUGCAGGGAACUUAAAGCUUAAAUAUCCUCACGAUAACGAAGACGUGUUGUUGUUACGCUCUAUCAUGGAUGUUAACAAACCCAAAUUUCUUUCUCACGAUAUACCAUUGUUCGAAGGGAUUAUCUCAGAUUUGUUUCCUGGGAUCACUCUACCGGAAGCUGACUAUGUGACGUUCUUGCAAGCUGUUGAAGAGGUUAGUGCAAAAAGAAAUGUACAGACAACUGACUUUUUUAAAGAAAAAAUUAUUCAAACGUACGAGAUGAUGAUCGUCAGACAUGGUUUCAUGUUGGUCGGCGAACCUUUCGCAAGCAAAACGAGUGUGUUGUAUGUUCUUGCCGAUGCAUUGAGUUUGUUAUGUGGAAAAGGACACGAAGAAAAUAAGGUGUGGUAUCGCAUUGUUAAUCCGAAAUCUAUUACAAUGGGUCAAUUAUUUGGUCAAUUCGAUCCGGUCUCACAUGAGUGGACGGAUGGUGUUUGUGCCAAUACCUUUCGUGAAUAUGCAUCUGAUCAGACUGAGACAAGAAAAUGGGUAAUUUUUGACGGACCAAUUGAUGCAUUGUGGAUUGAAAAUAUGAAUACAGUACUAGAUGAUAAUAAGAAGCUGUGUCUUAUGAGCGGUGAAAUCAUUCAGUUGUCGGAAGUGAUGAGUUUGAUAUUUGAAGCAAACGAUUUAUCCCAAGCUUCGCCUGCAACUGUCAGUCGCUGUGGUAUGAUAUACUUGGAGCCAUCGUCUCUAGGAUGGAGACCUUUAUUGCAAUCUUGGAUCAACACUCUUCCUGAAGUCAUUAAAACUGGUUACGAGCAAGUUAUCAAAGCGUUAUUUGAAUGGCUAGUACCUCCGCUGCUUUAUUUCUUGAGAAAGAAAUGCAAGGAGUUUAUUCCCACAUCUGAUAGCAAUCUUGUCCAUUCGUUGAUGAUGUUUAUCGAAGUGUUAAUGAAAGGUGUGAAAGAGGAAGAGAGUAAAUACAUCAAAACAUGGCUUUGUUCCUCAUUUUUCUUUGGUGCUGUGUGGUCGAUUGGUGCUACCUGUGAUGCACCAGGCAGAGAUAAAUUUGAUGUCUAUUAUAAGGAAUUAAUUUCUGGUAAAAACGAAGACCAUCCUAUUCCAACAGCGGUGGGAAAGAUAGAAUGUCCGAUGCCUACUGAUCACCCCGUCUACGAUUACAUGUUCGAGAGAAAAGGACGUGGAAAUUGGGUAUUAUGGACCAAAACGAUCACAAGUACAUCUCUACCAAAGGGUAAAAAAAUAAGCGACAUAAUUGUUCCCACCAUGGAUACUGCACGAUAUUCUCACUUAAUGGAACUUUUGAUAAAAAAUAACAAACCAUUGCUGUUUGUUGGACCAACUGGAACUGGCAAAAGUGUCUAUAUCAAGGACAAGUUGAUGAAUCAUCUUUCUCAAAACGAAUACGUACCAAUGUUUGUCAAUUUUUCUGCACAGACCUCUGCAAGCCAAACACAGGACCUGAUCAUGUCUAAGCUGGACAAAAGAAGAAAAGGUGUAUAUGGUCCUCCUGUUGGUAAAAAGUUUAUUGUAUUUGUUGAUGAUGUCAAUAUGCCGGCUAGAGAGCAGUAUGGAGCCCAACCUCCCAUCGAAUUGUUGCGUCAGUUGUUAGAUCAUAGUGUAUGGUACGACAAGAAAGACACUUCUAGAAUUCAGCUUACUGACGUACAAGUCAUCACCGCCAUGGGUCCACCCGAAGGUGGGAAAAAUCCUGUCACAUCAAGAUUUCUACGCCAUUUCAAUAUUGUUAGCAUUACCAAGUUUAGUGAUGACACGAUGACAAAGAUAUUUGGUAGCAUUGUCAACCAUUAUUUUAGGGAGAAUAAUUUCCCUGGAGAGUCAUUUGGUAUCGGGUCACAAAUUGUGGCUGCGACUCUAGAGAUGUUCAAACAAUCUGUCAGCAACCUACUCCCCACUCCCGCGAAGUCUCACUACAUCUUUAACCUUCGCGAUUUCGCGCGUGUUGUGUAUGGCGUCUUGUUGAUCAAACCACAGUCUUUGUCAGAUAAAAAAACACUGGUGCGAUUGUGGGUACACGAAGUUUAUCGUGUAUUUUACGAUCGUUUGGUUGACGAUAAUGACCGUAACUGGUUAUUUAAGUCUUUAAACAAAGUAUUAAAAGAUAACUUCAAAGAAGAUUUUGAAAAACUUUUCAAACAUCUCGCGACAGAUAAAAAGUUGACUGAUGAUGAUAUGCGGAGUUUAAUGUUUGGAGAUUAUUUGAAUCCUGAUGCAAUGGGUGAAGAUCGUUUAUAUGAAGAGGUGACAUCAAUUGACGAUCUCUACUCCACUGUCGAGACAUGUCUUGAAGAAUAUAACCAAACACACAAAACGCAGAUGAAUCUAGUAAUUUUCAGGUAUGUACUGGAACACCUGUCAAGAAUUAGUCGCGUCCUAAAGCAAAGUGGAGGCAAUGCAUUGCUGGUUGGUAUGGGCGGUAGUGGUCGACAAUCGUUGUGUCGGUUAGCUGCUGCCAUAUCGAAUUUUAACGUGUUCCAACCGGAAAUAUCUAAAAGUUAUGGCAUGACCGAAUGGAGAGAAGACUUGAAGACAUUGCUAAAAUCAGCUGGUGGCCAAGGUAAACCAACCGUGUUUUUGCUGACAGACUCGCAGAUUAAAGAGGAAUCGUUUCUAGAAGAUGUUGACAGUUUGUUGAACACUGGAGAAGUACCUAAUCUGUUUGCUGUCGACGAGAAAGCUGAACUGAUAGAAGCUGUCCGUCCCAUUGCUGUCGCUCAGGCUGAUGACCGAAAUGCAGAGUUUUCGCCGUUGGCGUUGUUUAAUUUCUUCGUAAGUCGAUGCAAAGACAAUCUUCACAUCAUGUUAUGCAUGAGUCCAAUUGGUGAUGCAUUUCGAAACAGGUUACGUCAGUUCCCAUCGCUUAUCAACUGUUGCACAAUCGACUGGUUUCAGCCAUGGCCAGAGGAUGCUUUGGAAAUGGUGGCAAACAAGUUCUUAGAGAAGAUCGAAAUGAAGGAGAACGAACGGAAAAAUGUCGUUCCUAUCUGUAAAAGUUUUCAUACAACUGCUUUGGAAUUCUCUGCAAGAUUCUUAGAAGAAGCCGGCCGACACAAUUACGUAACUCCAACUUCGUACUUAGAGCUUAUAUCGGCAUUUAAGAACCUUUUGACGCAGAAAAGAGAUGAGGUGUUGAAAAACAAAAUGAGAUACGAAGGUGGUUUGGAGAAGCUAGCUUUUGCAUCUUCACAGGUCGCUGAUAUGCAAGUCGAGUUAGAAGAACUGCAACCCAAACUAGUUGUAGCGUCCGAAGAAAACGAAAAAAUGAUGAAGAUUAUUGAAAAAGAGUCAGCUAUCGCAGAAGAACAACGUGAGGUUGUGCGUGAAGACGAGGCUGUUGCAAAUGAACAAGCUGGCGAAUCACAAGCUUUAAAAGAUGAAUGCGAGGCUGAAUUGGCCGAAGCUAUUCCUGCCCUGGAAGCUGCCCUAUCUGCUCUAAACACAUUGAAGCCUGCUGACAUUACCAUUGUGAAGUCGAUGAAGAAUCCUCCUCCAGGUGUCAAACUUGUUAUGUCAGCAAUUUGCGUUAUGAAGGACAUCAAGCCUGACAAAGUGAACGAUCCUUCUGGUUCAGGAAAGAAAAUUCCAGAGUAUUGGGGUCCGUCAUUAAAAUUGCUUGGUGACAUGAACUUUUUGAACUCAUUAAAAGAAUACGAUAAAGAUAACAUUCCAGUUCACGUUAUGAAGAAAAUUAGAGCUGAAUACAUGACAAACCCUGAAUUUGAUCCAACCAAAGUACGAACAGCUUCUUCCGCCGCUGAAGGUUUGUGCAAGUGGGUUCAAGCUAUGGAAAUAUAUGAUAGAGUAGCAAAGGUCGUUGCUCCGAAAAAAAUUAAAUUGGCUGAAGCUGAAACUACACUUGCUGCAACAAUGGAACUGUUAAACACGAAGAGGGCUGAAUUAGCUGAAAUCGAAGAAAAGGUUGCCACCUUGAAGCAGCAGUUUGAAGACAUGACAGAAAAGAAGGCUCAAUUGGAAUAUCAGGUCGACCUAUGUGCGAAGAAAUUGGAGAGAGCUGAAAAAUUGAUUGGUGGUUUGGGAGGUGAAAAACAUCGGUGGACUUCGGCAGCUAUCAAUUUGCAAGCAGUUUAUGAUAACUUAACUGGCGAUGUUUUAGUGUCUUCUGGUGUGAUCGCCUAUUUAGGUGCAUUUACCUCGGUGUUUCGCAAAGAAUGUUUUGCAAAAUGGACAAAGCUGUGCACGGAUUUGGGUAUACCUUGUUCACAAGAUUUCUCGUUGAGCAAAAUUCUUGGCGAACCAAUCAAGAUACGGGCAUGGAACAUCAAUGGACUACCUACUGAUAGCUUCUCUAUCGAUAAUGGCGUCAUUGUGGAUAACUCAAGACGAUGGCCAUUAAUGAUAGAUCCUCAAGGGCAGGCGAAUAAAUGGGUGAAAAAUUCAGAGAAGGAUAACCAGUUAUCGGUCGUUAAAUUGUCUGAUGGAGAUUAUAUUAGAACGCUGGAAAACAGCAUUCAGUUUGGUACUCCAGUGCUGAUUGAAAAUGUUGGCGAGGAAUUGGAUCCUUCUUUGGAGCCUCUGUUGUUGAAACAAGUUUUUAAACAAGGUGGUGUAUUAUGUAUACGACUUGGUGAAAACGUAAUCGAAUAUUCUGAAGAUUUUAAACUCUACAUCACAACGAAGUUGAGAAAUCCACACUAUCUUCCUGAGAUCGCUACUAAGGUAACACUGGUGAAUUUUAUGAUCACACCAGAAGGAUUGGAAGAUCAACUGUUGGGUAUCGUUGUUGCGAAGGAAAGGCCUGAAUUGGAAGAAGAGAGGCAAGCUUUAAUUGUUCAAAGUGCGUCUAACAAAAAACAGCUUAAGGAAAUUGAAGAUAAAAUUUUAGAGACGCUCUCCUCUUCAGAGGGUAACAUACUGGAAGAUGAAACAGCUAUAAAGAUUCUGGAUUCAUCCAAGGUACUGUCAGAUGAAAUCAGUAAGAAACAAAAGAUUGCAGAAGAAACUGAAAAGAAGAUCAACCAAUCUCGAGCUGGUUAUCAUCCAAUUGCUGUACACUCUUCGAUUUUAUUUUUCUCCAUAACUGACUUGCCCAAUAUUGAUCCUAUGUACCAGUACUCUUUAACUUGGUUUGUCAAUCUGUUUAUUGCUGCUAUACAAGAUAGGUAUGCGUUUUUUUUAUGUAUUGAUAUAUUCAUAUAUUAUUUUGGGUCAAGCGUGGAUACACCUAGCUAUUUUUUGUUACAACUAUUCCUUGAUCAAAUUGAUUUCGUAUCAAAUGACAUUGUGUCAACAGUGAAGUAUGUUGGUUGUAUCAUUUUGCUAUUAUCUUCUAGCAACAAAUCAAAGAUUCUUGACAAGCGACUUCGUUACCUCACAGAUUACUUCACGUACAGCUUGUACUGCAACGUUUGUCGCUCGUUAUUUGAGAAGGAUAAGCUGCUCUUUUCCUUCAUUCUGUGUUCCAACAUAUUGAAAGCAAAACAUGAGCUAAUGCAAGAUGAGUUCAUGUUCUUUUUAACUGGUGGUGUCGGCUUGGAAAAUAAAAAACCCAAUCCAGACCCGUCUUGGUUGUCUGAUAAAUCCUGGGAUGAAAUAUGCAGAAUGUGCGAUUUCAAAGCUUUUAAUGGAUUCAGGCAACAUUUUAAAAAAAAUAAUGAAGAAUGGAAAAAGUUGUUUGGUAGUAAAGAACCACAGAAACACAUUCUCCCUUCACCAUGGAAUAAGAAGUUGACAGAUUUUCAGAAGAUGAUUGUUGUAAGAUGCCUUCGACCAGAUAAAGUGGUUCCCCUUGUGACUAACUUUGUGGAGGAAAAGCUUGGCCGUCGGUUUAUAGAGCCGCCACCUUUUGAUCUUGGUAAAAGUUAUGCUGAUUCUAAUCAAUGUUCACCUCUGAUAUUUAUUCUUUCUCCUGGAGCAGACCCUAUGGCAGGCUUGAUGAAGUUUGCAGGAGAUAAAGGGUUCAGUGGUGAUAGGUUUAAUGCGAUAUCUCUUGGACAAGGACAGGGACCAAUUGCAGCAAAGAUGAUUGCCGACGCAGUCAAAAAUGGCACAUGGGUUGUACUUCAAAAUUGCCAUUUGGCAGUCUCAUGGAUGUCUGCCCUUGAAAAAAUUUGUGAAGACAUGUCUCCCGAAACUGUUAAUUCAGAAUUCCGACUAUGGCUGACCAGUUACCCGUCGCCAAAAUUUCCUGUGACGGUGUUGCAAAAUGGCGUGAAAAUGACGAACGAGCCGCCUACUGGACUGCGACAGAAUCUUUUACAGUCUUACAUAAGCGAUCCAAUAUCCGAUCCAGAUUUUUUUAAUGGUUGCCCAGGAAAAGAAACUGCUUGGGAAAAGUUAUUGUUUGGUCUGUGCUUCUUCCACGCUGUUAUUCAAGAAAGAAAAAAGUUUGGUCCAAUGGGCUGGAAUAUACCUUACGGUUUUAACGAAUCUGAUUUGAGGAUUAGCAUUCGUCAACUCCAGAUGUUUAUAAACGAAUAUGACGAGGUUCCAUUUGAUGCAAUCUCUUACAUGGCUGGCGAAUGUAACUAUGGUGGAAGAGUAACUGAUGACUUAGAUAGACGAUGUUUGAUGAGCAUCCUUGCUGACUUCUACACUGCAGACAUCAUAACAGAUCCAAAAUAUAAGUUGUCAUCUAGUGGAGUUUAUUAUGCUCCGCCGAAAGGAAAGUACGACGAUUACAUCGACUUCAUCAAGGACCUACCAUUAUCACAAACACCGGAAGUAUUUGGAAUGCAUGAUAACGUGGACAUUGCUAAAGAUCUCCAAGAAACAAAACUGUUAUUUGAUUCUGUUUUGUUGACAUACAGUCAAAUGUCUGGUGGUGCUGGUGGAAAAACUGACGAUGCAUUAAAUGAAAUCGCAACUGAUAUAUUAUCCAAGCUACCAGAAGAUUUCGAUUUGGAAAAAGCUCAAGAAAAAUAUCCAGUUCGUUAUGAAGAAAGUAUGAACACAGUUCUCGUGCAAGAGAUGGAAAGAUUCAAUAAGUUAUUAAAUGUGAUACGUUCCAGUCUUAUCAAUCUACAAAAAGCAAUCAAAGGUUUGGUAGUGAUGUCAGCUAGUUUAGAACAAGUCGCGCAAAGUGUGCUUGUUGGAAAGUUUCCUGAUCUGUGGGCUAAAAGUUCAUAUCCAAGCCUGAAGCCUCUUGGUAGUUACAUUGCAGAUUUUAUUGCUCGUAUCAAAUUUUUACAGGAAUGGUAUGAAAAUGGCAAGCCUUCAGUUUUUUGGUUAUCUGGAUUCUACUUUACUCAGGCCUUUUUAACAGGUGCGAAACAAAAUUACGCGCGGAAAUACACAAUUCCUAUAGAUUUAUUAGGCUUUGAUUUUGAAGUUAUUGGAGUCGAUGAGGAGAAGGAGAGUGGUCCUGAAGAUGGAGUGUACGUUAAUGGACUCUUUUUGGAGGGAGCACGUUGGAACAGGGAAAGGGGUACGUUGGAUGAAUCAUAUUCAAAAAUACUACACGAUCAAAUGCCAAUUAUUUGGGUUAAGCCUGGGAAAACCAGUGAGUUUAAACAGCGUAAAGUUUAUUCAUGCCCAGUCUACAAAACGAGCGAAAGAAAAGGGACACUUUCAACGACAGGCCAUUCAACUAAUUACGUAAUGCCUGUUAUAUUGGACACUGAGGCAGAUCAGAGACAUUGGGUUAAGCGAGGCGUUGCCUUGCUUUGCCAACUGGAUGAUUAAUAUUUGGAAAUAAUUAUUUUUUUAAAAAUUUAAUAUAUAUUGUAUAUACAUAUUGUUAAUAUAUAUUUUUGUGUGUGAAUAUAACAAUCAACUUGAAAUCUUUUUUGUAACGUAUCGAGACCGGUAGCAUGGGUUAUCAAGUCAAAAUUCCAUCCAUAGUGAGGUCAACUUUUACUUUUAAAUUCUAAGUAAUGACAAAAUCGUCGAGAUAGACGUCAUUAAAUUAAAAAUAUGCAUCUCAGGGAAAUUCCCUAUUGACUUUAUUGUGCCAAGAGUUCUAUUUAGGAGCAACAUUUUCAUGUUUAAAGGACGAAUUCAUUAUAUUCCACUAGUUAGUUAAUUAUUUAAUUAAAUAUCCUAUACUAAACUUUUUGUAAUUUUCCCUCUUUUGGACGUUCCUAGAUAUAAAAAAAAACACUUGUUGUUGAACAU